GCCUCGCUCUGGUGUUAAAGUCCCAAAGCGCGGGAAAUCUUGAUCACGUGAAAGAAUCAGCCGGUCGAUCAAGAAAGCAUGGCGGACCAAUCAUCGAGUAGUAUCGGAGUACCAAGUAGUCCAGCAAGGACUGAUGGACUUACUUCAAGUCCAGCUAGAGAUCUGCCUCCAUUUGAGGAUGAUACCGACGCAAUUCUUGGAAAUGAGGGAAGUGGUGUUGAAGAGGACGAAGGAGAAGAACUGUUCGGUGACAGACUUGAAGAUGACUACCGAGCCAUCCCAGCACUGGACACUUACGACCCUGCCAAUCUAGACGAGGACGACUAUGAUGACAUGGACCCAGAAGCACGAGUAGCAGCAGAGAGGGCUAUGAGAAAAAGAGACAGGGAGACCGCAGCGGCAACAGGUCGUCUUAGAAGAGGAAUUCUUUAUGAUGAUGACGAUGAUGACGAGGAUCGUCCCACAAGAAGACGAAGGAUUGCUGAACGUGCUGCAGAAGGAGAUUUCCAAGAUGAUGAUGAGGCAAUUGAAAGUAUAGAGAAUCUUGAAGACAUGAAGGGGCAUUCAGUGCGUGAAUGGGUUUCCAUGCAAGCUCCUAGACUAGAAAUCAAAAAUCGAUUCAAGCAGUUUUUGAGGACUUUUGUUGAUGACCAGGGCCAUAGUGUAUACAGAGAAAAAAUCAGACAAAUGUGUGAAGCAAACAAGCAGAGCUUAGUUAUCAAUUACAAUGUCCUUGCAAACGAACAACAAGUGUUGGCAUAUUUUUUACCUGAAGCACCAACUGAAAUGCUGCAAAUUUUAGAUGAGGCAGCAAAAGAGGUUGUCCUUGCCAUGUUUCCAAAAUAUGACCGCAUUACAACAGACAUACAUGUUAGAAUAGAGGACUUGCCCCUCAUGGAACAGCUACRUUCUCUUAGGCAGCUUCAUGUUAAUCAGCUGAUUCGUACAUGUGGGGUGGUUACCAGCAGUACCGGUAUCAUGCCACAGCUAAGUGUCAUCAAGUACGACUGUCCAAAGUGCUCCUUUAUUCUUGGACCUUUCUUUCAAAAUUCAGACCAGGAGAUCAAACCUGGUUCAUGUCCCGAAUGUCAAUCACGUGGUCCAUUCGAAAUCAACAUGGAACAGACGCUAUAUCAAAACUAUCAAAAGAUCAAGAUUCAAGAAAGUCCCAGUAAGGUUGCUGCUGGUCGCUUACCAAGAUACAAAGAUGUCGUCCUUACUGCUGACCUUGUGGACAGCUGUAAGCCUGGUGAUGAAAUUGAGCUGACUGGUAUCUACAAGAUCAACUAUGAUUGGUCUCUGAACAGAUCAAAUGGUUUCCCAGUAUUUGCUACAGUCAUUGAAGCUAACUAUAUCUCUAAACAAGAUGACAAAAUGGCUGUCACAAGUUUAACAGAUGAAGAUGUUAAAGCCAUCAUGGACUUGUCUAAAGAUGAGCGAAUUGGCGAAAGGAUUAUUGCAAGUAUUGGACCAUCCAUAUAUGGCCAUGAAGAUAUGAAAAGAGCCAUUGCAUUAUCCUUAUUUGGUGGUGUUGCUAAGGAUCCUGGUGGUAAACAUAAAAUAAGAGGUGAUAUCAAUGUCCUCAUGUGUGGUGAUCCAGGAACUGCAAAAUCACAGUUUCUAAAAUAUGUAGAAAAGACAGCACCAAGAGCUGUGUUUACAACUGGUCAGGGCGCAUCGGCUGUUGGAUUGACAGCAUAUGUACAAAGACACCCAGUCACUAAAGAGUGGACACUUGAGGCUGGUGCCCUAGUGCUUGCAGACAAAGGGACUUGUUUGAUAGAUGAGUUUGAUAAGAUGAACGAUGCAGACAGGACAAGUAUUCAUGAAGCCAUGGAACAGCAAAGUAUCUCCAUUUCAAAGGCUGGUAUUGUGACAUCUUUACAAGCAAGAUGCAGUGUCCUUGCUGCAGCAAAUCCGAUUGGUGGACGAUAUGAUCCUUCUUUGACCUUUGCAGAGAAUGUUGAUUUGACAGAACCUAUUUUGUCACGUUUUGACAUCCUUUGUGUCGUAAGAGAUCAGGUAGAUGCAAUCCAGGAUGAAAUGUUGGCUCGUUUUGUUGUGAACAGCCAUGUCAAACAUCAUCCAAACAAUCAAACAGAACCUGAUGACGAAGAAAUGCAGGACGAAGAAGAGGCCGAUGGCGACAAGAUUCCACAAGAUCUCUUGAAGAAGUACAUCAUUUAUGCCAAGGAGCGCGUGCAUCCAAAGUUGCACAACAUGGAUCAAGACAAAGUAGCCAGAAUGUUUGCUGAUCUCAGAAAAGAGUCAAUGGCGACUGGUUCAAUUCCUAUCACGGUCCGCCAUAUUGAAUCAAUGAUUCGUAUGGCUGAGUCUCACGCCAAGAUGCAUUUGAGAGAAUAUGUUAUGGAAGACGAUGUCAACAUGGCUAUAAGAGUCAUGCUAGAAAGCUUUAUUGAUACACAAAAGUUUUCUGUAAUGAGAAGCAUGAAAAAGGCGUUUUCACACUACCUCGCGUUUAGGCGCGACAACAACGAAUUACUUCUCUUCGUUCUUAAGCAGUUAGUUAAAGAACAGAUAUCUUAUUAUCGAAGUAGACACCAAAGUGAACCUGAUGUCAUUGAUAUACAGGAAGAUGAAUUUAUUGACAGAGCCCGGCAAAUCAACAUCAUUAAUCUAGCUUCAUUCUACGAAAGUCCGAUGUUUUCAUCAAACAGAUAUACACACGACAAGAAGAGAAAGCUUAUCAUUCAAAACCUUUAAUAGCCUGAGAGUGUUUGAACAUUCACUGAUUUACGAGUAAAUGAAAACAUUGUUUAACAGUUAGAAUCAUGCGAAACAAGAGAAAUACAGAGUAUGAAGAGAAAUAGACCAUACGCUACUGUGGUUCGUUCCUUAAAUUUUGCUCGAGCUUUCGCUGAACACCAGCAUAUCAGGCGAUCGUCAACUAAAGAUUCUGGUAUCCAGCGAAAGCUCGAGCAAAAUUAAAGCAACAACCAUAAUAGCGUAUGGACUAUUUCUCUUCAUACUCUCACAAAACAUGCUACUGAAGGACAACUUCACUAUUUUCAAGAGAAAUACAGUAUGCCGUUUACAAAAUGAAAACGACUACUUAACACGGCAACCACAGCAUUUUGGGCAUUCAGUCAGAAACUGAAGGUUUAAACUGUUUCUCGUCCUGCCUCUUGUAGACACUUUCUACACCAUAGGACUAUUUCUUUGAGCGCUUCAAUCUUAUCGGUUUUCGUAAAAGUGUCGAGGUGAAACGGAUUUAAAACGGACCAAAGCGCUGACAAUCCUCGGGCAGGGCAUUUCAAAAGAGCUGACAUAUAUGUGAUGUAUAAUACUAUUUAAAUUGGUGUGUUGGUAUCCUUGUAAAACCGUAUAGUAUUUGUAGAUAUUCUUGAUUUGUAACUUUUCCAACUAAAGUGGAUAAAUGUAAAUUAAUAUUCAGAAACUGUGUAUGGGUUUACUCACAAAUUCGUAGCCUAAAAUCUUAAAAAUAAUGAACAAUCUG